GUUAAUAAAGUGUCACGUCUUCGCAUGACCAAUUGGUUCAAUUCCCCUGUAUCUACUAAACCCGACAAUGGCAUCACGUUUUUGGUGAACGAACUGAAGAUUCGAAUGCAGACAAACUUUUCAGGACUGUGUACGUUGAUUGCGAUUCGCGAUUCCAAGUUAUUUGCCUAUCUCUUCGAAGAAUAUUGCGACAUAGGCGUCUCUAUGACAGAAAACGCGGAUGGGUAUGAGCGCCCCGAAUCGGCUCUUCCCUUUUCCUCCGUCAUCCGAAAGCAGCUCCCCAAUGUUCCCGACGAAGCAUUUUCCCACGCCCCCGGCCUCUACAGCGAAGCGGAAGCCGCCUACAUCAUGUGGCACGUCUUCCGUACUCUUCGCGAUCUGCACACGAGCCAGCUCUGCCACCUCGACAUUCGUCCGGACAACAUCCUGCUGAGUUCGACCGGCGAAGUCAAACUUGGCGGGCUUUCCUUCCUCUCCAGCUUCCAGGACGAUUCGUUCGGCGGGCUGCGGCUCAACCUCCCCGGGAAAAAGGAGUUCGUUCUCCCCGAGUACUGGCAGGGUUUCCACGUUUCGUGUUUUGCCGCGGAUAUCUGGGCCGCGGCCGUUUCUUUGUACGUUCUGGUGAAGGGAACGAAUCCCUUCCCGAUCCGCCAUCUCGACCAACACAUCGAAAAAAUGGUCAAUUAUUCCGUCAUUCCAGAAUUGGACGGGUUUUCAGACGACCUUUUCCACCUUCUCCAGCUCUGCAUGUCGCCGAAACUCACGCUGCGCCCCACGCUCGAUCAGAUCCUCGUAGCCCCGCGGGAAUCCGUUCACUCUAGGCGUCCAGCUGGUUCCAGAAGUUCGGCUUUUUCGACGAUCCCUCGCAGUACCCGCGGGAAAAGCGGUCAAACGUAG